AUGAAGUAUCAAGAUAACAAAAUUCUACCACCAAAAAACGAAUUUACUGAACGGCCUAUAGAAAGUUGUUUUUCUUUUAUAGGAACCCGAAAAAAAAGGGAAACGGCCGUAAAGGAGGAAACUGGGCAGACGUUGAAUAGUGUUGUGUACCGUGAAAAGCAUCUACGUGAGAUGCAGAAGCAGUGGCACAAUCUAACUACCCUCCUAAAAUACUCUAACGUUACCCCGUUCAAGGACAGAAAUGACGCUGGUUAUAUAUGCGCGUAUUGCUUCAAAACUUUCCCAGAUCCAAAUGUUCUAAGACAUCACACCCAUUAUGACCAUGUUAAAGAAAAACCGACGUACAAAGCCGGUUCUGGCAUAAGCAGUUUCGUAGUUUUUUUGGAUAUAGUCGAUUUAAAAUGCACGUUAUGUGGUCUAUCCAUGGAGAGCAUCAAUUGUCUUACCGAGCAUCUAGUCAAAGAUCACGAUAAGAAAUACUAUUUAGGUGUGACUGACUACUUCCAGCCGUUUAUUCUAACUAGCGAACAGCAAAUACACUGCUGUCUGUGCGACGAAGUUUUCCAUAAUAUGAAGUUAUUGAUGCAACACAUGAACAUGCAUUAUCGUAAUUUCAUCUGCACCACAUGUGGGGCUGGUUUCGUCAAUAGUUUUCGCCUCAAAAGGCACGAGACAACACAUUUAAAGAAGAAAACUGGUUUUGCGUGCCGGCACUGCGGUAUGGUUUUCGCAGCUGAAUCUAAAAAGAAAGCUCAUGUAAACGCUGAGCAUAAGGGCAUAGAAGGACAUAGUGUGUGUCAAAUAUGCAAGGCAAGAUUUAAGAAUUACUAUCAGAAGACCAGGCAUAUGAUGCAAGUACAUAACGUGGAAGGCAUUAAAUGUGAUAAAUGUGAUAAGCGUUUUAAUCUCAAAUCUAAUCUAAUGCUGCAUAUGCGGAGCGUGCAUUUGAAAGAACGACCAUACGAAUGUUCGGUGUGCAGCAUGGGAUUCUUUAUAAAGCGGCAUAUGCUAGGACAUUAUAUGGCCACACAUACUAAUGAGAGGAAAUUUAAAUGCGACGUUUGCGGCAAGGCGUACGCUACGCAAAAUAGUUUAAGGAAACACAUGAAGAAGAAUCACGGUGUGGAGGAUCAAACAACAUUAAUUGAAGUUGUUAUCAAACAAGAACCGAUGUCUGACUCAGAACUACCAGAGGACGCUAAACCCGAUACAGUUUUCAAUAUUAAACCAGAGAAAGAUAGCGGUGGGGAUGUUAAAAAAGUAAAGAAAACUGCAUCCGAAAAGAGAUCCAAAAAAGAUCAGAUUAUAGAAAUGGAAAAACAUUUAAAGAAUAUAAGCACAAUACUACUUAACACAAACGCUACGCCCAUAAGAUAUCACGACGGUGCAAAUUAUGUUUGUGCGCUCUGCCCAGAAACAUAUCCUUUGCCAUCGGAUUUGAAAGUUCACGUUUUAGAGGAGCACGAUGAAAUAGAUAAGUCGUCUUUCAUGGAAGGUCAUAGAUUGACUUCCUACAUGGUCAAGUUGGAUAUAACAAAUUUGCGUUGUUUGAUUUGCCACAACGAUGUAGAAAGCUUCGAUCCACUUUUCGAUCAUCUAAAAUCGGUGCACGGAAAAGAAAUGCAUACGGAUAUACCGAACCAUAUCCUUCCCUUUAGGUUCGUUGGGAAUGGUUUCGAUUGCGUCGUCUGUCCCAAGUCCUUUGAGCAUUUCAAACUAGUCCAGGAGCACAUGACUGUUCAUUACAGGAACUACAUCUGCGAAACUUGUAAUGCACCCUUUGUUAAUAAACGGACGCUACAGAAUCACGCCAACAGGCACAAGAAAGGCGAUUUCCAGUGCAGCCAAUGCCCAAAAAUAUUCGAUACAAAUCGCAAGAAACUGAAUCACGUGAAAUUUGUACACGACGGUAAUUACAAGAGGAAGAAAUGCCCGUACUGUCAGGAGAAGUUCACGAAUUACGCUAAGAAGAGAUCUCAUAUGGUUAAAGAGCAUGGAGCUGAGCCUUUAUCUGUGAAAUGUGAUAUAUGCAAAAAAAUAUUUAGCACGCGGGCGAGAUUAAGAGGCCACACUCGCAGAGAUCAUAUGGAGUGUCAGCACGCGUGCCAUAAUUGUGAUAUGAGGUUCUUCACGAAGUUGGAACUGGUUAAACAUAUGGUGAAACAUUCGCCAUUAAAGGAAUACCAGUGCGACAUUUGUAAAAAGGCUUACGCAAGAAAACACACGCUCCGGGAACACAUGAAGAUACAUUCCAAUAUAAGAAAUUUUAAAUGCGAAUUGUGUUCUUUUACAUUUAUACAGAAGUGCAGUCAGAAAAUUAUCGUCGUAAAUGGUGAACAAAUGGAAGAUUUACUUCAGGAAAAUAACAAGGAAAUUAACGUUGGAACAGGAAGAAAGGAAAAUAGUAAAUCAUUGAUUAGAGGGGAAGUUAUAAAGCAUCGUCAGAAUGUUAUGGAAAUACUGUUAAAUUCAAAUGCGACGCCAAUUCGUUGUAAAAACGAUCUUGGGUAUAGCUGCAUAUUUUGCAAUGAUCAUUACCCAAAUCCAUCUGAUUUGAAGAAACACACAUUAAUAAAACACGAUGAGGAAGAGGUUUUAAAGGUAGUUAAGGAAAUCCGAAUGUACACUGUUAAAUUGGACAUAACUAAUCUACAGUGUACAAUAUGUGAAACUGAUUUAGAUAAUAUCAGUGACCUAGUCGAGCAUUUGCUUUGUGGCCAUGGCCGUAUAUUACAUUCGGAAAUCACGAACCAUUUAGUGCCAUUCAAAUUUGAUGAUCAAGAUUUGAAAUGUGCCAUGUGUCAAAAUAAGUUCACGAAGUUCAGAAACUUGAUUGAGCACAUGAACACGCAUUUCAGGAAUUACGUGUGCGAUGUAUGUGGCGCUGGUUUCGUGAAUCGUGAUAUACUAAGGAGCCAUCUAAAGAUACAUAAGAUAGGCACAUUCAAUUGUGAAUUGUGUCCGAAAACUUUUAAUACUUUGAUGAAAAAAAGGUCGCAUGUGACUUCGGUUCACCAAAAAUGCUAUAUGAUACGAAAAUGUGGUUACUGUAAUGAUAUGUUCGAUGAUUAUAAUAAGAAAAAUGCCCAUCUAGCAAAAUUCCAUGGCGUCGAUACGGCCGCUGUGAACUGUAAACUAUGUGACAAAACUUUCUCAAACCAAACGGCAGUUAGACUUCACAUAAGGAAGAUACAUUUGUUGGAAAGGAAGCAUGAAUGUGAUGUAUGCGAAAAGAGAUUCUUCAACAAAAAGGACAUGAUCAAACAUAUGGUCAGUCACACGAAAGAUAGAAAAUAUUGUUGCACUAUUUGUGGGAAGUCUUUUGGCCUUAAAUUUACUUUGGUUCGACAUAUGCAUGUGCAUGACAAGGAUACAAAAAUAAUGAACAGUGUACUACGUAAACUCAAAAAGGAAAAGUUAAAUAAGGGCGACGACUUCGUUCAGAGAACAGAUAUGCCAAGAGGUAGACAGGGAGAAAUUUUAGACAAACAUCGCACUAAUAUUCGCGAAAUUAUCAAAUGGUCGAACGCUACGCCGAUACGAUGCCGUGGUGGAAUCGGAUAUGCAUGCUGUUUCUGUUCAGAACAAUUUCCAAAUCCUGCUGACUUAAAACAUCACACCAUCAAAGCACACGAUGAUAACACGAAGUCCAAGUUCAUGAAGGGUAGAGAUAUGUAUGGAUAUUUUGUCAAACUAGAUAUUACUUGUCUACAAUGCAACAUUUGCGGACUAGAAAUUGACACGUUGGAGCAAAUCAUGAUGCAUUUGAAAGACGAGCAUGACAAAAACAUCAGUACUGAUAUAUCAAAUCACAUAUUACCCUUCAAAUUCGACAGCGAGAAUUUGAGAUGUUUCAUGUGCCACAAUGUUUUCAAUAGAUUCAAAGCAUUACAAGAACACAUGAACUUACAUUAUAGGAAUUACGUCUGUGAAGUCUGCGACGCUGGUUUCGUCAAUCGGCAUCUCCUUUUAUGUCACAACGAGGGGCACAAAACUGGUACAUUUGCUUGCGAUCAAUGUCCAAAAAUCUUCGACACGCUAAGGAAGAGAAAAUUGCACGAAAGGAAGAUUCACAACGGUUUGAACAUGCCACAUAAAUGCGGAUAUUGCAACGAGAGAUUUAAGGAGAACUGUUACAAAAAUGAGCAUCUCGCCAAAGUCCACGGCAUAAUAGGUCCGUCUAUCAAAUGCCAAGCCUGCGAGAAAACAUUUUCGACGCAGCAGACUUGGCUCUUGCAUAUGAAGAAGUACCAUUUGAUGCAGAGACAGCACAAAUGCACUAAAUGCGAAAUGGAUUUCUUUUCUAAGAGGGAACUCACCGACCAUAUGGUUAAACACACUGGAACCAGGGACUAUAGAUGUGAAAUGUGUUUCAAAUCGUAUGGAAGAUUGAAAACUUUAAAAGAGCACAUAAGAAGACUCCAUCCAGAAGACAGAGAUAUAAAAUGCGUUCAUUGCGGACAAGCUUUUGCGAAGAGAUUCGCUCUGAAAAGUCAUUUACUUGCUAAGCAUGGACAAACAUUAUAA